AUGCUGUAUAAAAUAGCGGAUGACCAAUCACAAGAAGACUCAUCCCUUCUUCCCAACCAUCGUGGUCCUGUUACGAGUCUCGGUUUUGGGUACUGUGUCAUUCUUUGCAAUUUGACUGGAACCAUGUCUUCGACUGCUAAAAUAUACGUUGGUAACUUGAGCUGGAAUACGACCGAUGAAUCGCUGAGAGCUGCUUUCAACGAGCAUGGUAUGGUUACUGAUGCCGUCGUGAUGCGCGACCGAGACACGGGUCGUUCUCGAGGAUUUGGGUUCGUCACCUUCGGCUCCCCAGAGGAAGCGAACCUCGCCAUCGCGAACAUGCACGAAAGUGACCUUGACGGUCGCAGGAUCAAAGUCAAUCUAGCAAACGCACGCCAAGGUCCUGGAGGUGGGGGUGGGGGUGGUUACAAUGCAGGCGGUGGAAGCGGUGAAACUCAUGUCAUUUCGUCUUGCUAAUCACUGAUUCUUUUUAGGCUAUAAUUCAGGUUAUAGCGGUGGAGGUGGAGGUGGAGGUGGUGAACUUGAUCUCAUCUUGUUUCUGCUGGUCGUUGACUCUUUCUCUUAGGCUACAGCGGAGGUUACUCUAGUGGAGGUUAUGGCGGCUAUACUGGCGGCGGCGGCGGCGGCUAUGGUGGCUAUCAAGGAGGUGGCUAUUAAAGAGGAAUAGGCUGUUAGACGAGGUGCGGUUCAUUCUCGCGGGCUGAAUCGUCUUCUCUACCAGGGCUCAACUGAUUGCCUUCCAGCUCUUCCAGUCCGAAACUUCCCCGGUUUUCAUCUCUCCUAUGUACUUCUAUCUCGGCGUCGGCCAGUCAUGCUCUUAUUUCUUUUACGUUGCCUGUACAUGCACAAGGUCGUUACCAUCGUUGAUCACUGUAUUUUUGCACUUGUCGCUUCGUCCCAUGGCUUGCUUCAUCGGUCUCGGUUACCUCGACUUGUACUAUUACUUACAUGGUGUGGGUUUUGUGUAUGUAUUUAUAUGGUAUAUAUAAAUCAAAUGUCCAGGGUUUUGUGGA